AUGGUUGAGAAAAAAAUAGACGACGCCCCUUUUCUUUCCAAGAUGGAAAACUUUGAAAUAUCUGAUAAGAAAGGGAAAGGUUCUAAAAAGGAUAUGAAAAAUGAAUAUAAAAGUUUAAAUAACGAAUUUCAUUUUGAUGAAGAGAAAGGUGAGAUUGAUGAAGAAGAUAAAGAAAACGAUAAAGAUAUGAAUGAAGGAGAUGUAAAUAAAAAUAAUAAUAAAAAAGAAAACAAUCAUAUACGUAUGAUUAAAAUUGAUAGAAAGAAUUUAAAAAAAAUGUUUAGUAGUCAAUUUUUUACACAAACAUUGACAGAUGAUUCAAGUAGUAAUUCUGUGUCCGAAUUAAAAGUAAUUAAGAAAUAUGCAUGUGUGGAAUUUUUUAAAAUGUUAUUUCUUGUAUCUUUAUUUUUGGUAACUUCCUAUUAUUCAUUCAUUUAUAUAUAUAAUAAUUUUAUGGGACAAAAUCAUAUAUGUGGAUCUUUGGAUAUGUAUAAUUAUAAGUAUGAAGAAUCUGUUAAUUUUAUAUCAAGUAUAAGUAAUAAUAAGUACUACAUAUUUACAGGAAAAUUUCCAUUUGAUGUUAUAACAUAUAAACUAAGAAAAGAGGCUCUGAAAAAUAGUAUGAAUGAAGAAAUAAAAAAAUAUAACGAAUCAAAUGGAAAUAUUAUAUAUGACAAGAUUUCAAAUUUGGAUGAUCAUCAUAUUCAAAUAAUAUCCUUUAAUAAAUACAAUAAUAAAAUGAAAUGUGAGAAAAAUAUUUUUGAUUUAUAUAAGCCCUUUUAUCUAAAAACUACAGAUGCACCUAUAAAAAAUCUUGAUUAUAUUUAUAAUGAGGUGAAUUAUAAUUCUAUAAGUAACCCAUAUAAUAUAGCAGAAAAAAAACUAUUCUCUGAGGUGUCCACAUUCAUGAGAGCGAAUGAAAAUAAAAAUAAGAUCUGCUUUAUUACCUCUUAUCUAAAAUCCUUAAAAGAUGAAGAUACUUCAAAUAGUAAUAAUGUCAUAACACAAAAUAAUAAUAAUAAUAAUAGUAGUAGUAGUAUCACUAGUAAUGGUAGUAAUGCUCUUGAUGAGAAAAAUAAUUACACUGAAGAAAAUAAUAACAAUGAAAAGAAAUAUUUUAAAAAUACAAAUUCAAUAGGAGAUAAUGAUAACAACAAAACUUAUCAAGGGAGUAAUGUUGUCAAUUUUAAUUAUACUAAUAAUAAUAUGGUUCCAGAAAAAAAAAAAAUUAUCUUUCUUUAUGAUCAAAGUGACCACAAUUUUGUCGACUUGGUCAUAGCCAUUUAUAGUAUGCAAUAUGGAAACACUUAUAACAACUUGAAGGAUUAUUGGGAAGAGAUAAAAAAGAAAUUUAAGGUUAUACAUGCUGAGGAAAUAUACUUAUUCGAAUGGUACUGCUUAGGAAUAAAUUACAACUUAAUAGAAAACAAUAAUCAAUACAAGUUAAAAUGUGUUGAUCUUUUAAAAUAA